AUGGCAGAAGCACAAAAACACGUCCCUUCCACCGCGCCGGGCGACGAAGAGGAACCCCUUCUCGCGCUCGAGGUACCCCUCGGCGACGCCGUGCCCGGCGAAGACGACACCUUUCGCACCGAGAAUGCCUCAGUCGACGACUGGGAAAGGCGCAACGUCAUUGAGCGCACGAGGGGCAACAUACACAGCCGCGUCGAGCUGCUAGAGGUUCGGCACGGCACCUACGACGACGACGGGGACGAGGCCACGCUCCUGGUGUUCCGCUUCCGCUUCGACCCGCAGAAGAGCUCGCGGCGCGUCAUCCGAGCACGCGUCCACGUCGAGUUCCUAGCCGCCAGCGCGCACCACGGCACGCCCACCGUCGACGCCAUUGCCCCCGAUGAGAGAUGGACCGUGAUGCCGACAACGGACCAUGAGUCGACCAAGAGCGGGGGCGAGCUCAAGCUGGGCGUCUCGGGCGCGUCCCUCCUCGACGCCGGGGGGUCGGCCACGCUGGAGAAGACAAUUAGCAGAGACGUCAGCGACGCCACCACUGUCACCGGGAGCAUCAACCUGGGGACGGGCAGAAACUCGGGCGAGUCGACGGCGGCGGUGUGGAAUCUCCAGGAGAACAGGCGCCGGGCGACGGGCGUCCCCGACGCGGUCACGGUCGCCGUACUUUUGCGCCGGGAGGACGGCCAGCCCUUUCGCGCGAAGAUUACCCUCGAGGCCGACGUGGACUUCAAGUCGGGCCUGGAGAAGAAGUUUUCCAAGGUGCCGCUCGACGACCCGGUGCUCUUCAAUGCCGGGAUGACGGGGAAGCCGAAACGGGGGAGGAGCUACGGCGUCGAGAAUUUGCGCAGCGUCGACUUGUAUUCGCUAUGUAGAGUCCGGAUGGCGGCGGAAGCUCCGUUUACAGAAGGCAAAGGGUCUUAG